AUGUCCGGUUUAUCACAUCCGAGAUGUCUACUUCCGGAUCUUGUUCUCGCGGGAGCAAGUCACGUUUACGAAUCUCUCCGGCGCAGCGAUGACUUGGGGUGGAACGCUGGGCAGGAGAGUGGCUACGAUCUCAAGGAAAGAGACAAGACAGAGACAAUAAUGUCUGUGCGACGACAACGCUAUUUCACAACUUAUGUCAGGGUGCAGAAAUGGAAAGCUCUACAGCUGGAGGUACACCCAAUGUCCUCUGAGAAUUCCGACUUGUCCAUGCAGUUUGAAGACCGACAUUUCCAAGAAGUUUUGCAGUUAUUGCGGGGACCAAUAUUUGAAAGGGUGAAGUUGAAAAAACAUGAAAUAACCAAAGACAUGGUCAAGUCUGACAUCAUGACAGGCCCUAUAGUUCGUCUUGGAUAUGAUUUUCGAGCUAAGCCAGAGUAUGAGACCUGUCUCCUGCCGAUAUCUCAGCCACUUUACACCAGCGACAGUGAAGAGGAUCAGCAGGCGUGGACUUGUGGAUACCGAAGCCUGAGUCUGCACCAUGAGAAGCUGGUAGUGUACAGCUGUCUACUGAAGGAGAAGUCCAGUCACAGCAGCAUGGCCCAGAUCAUGUCAGCCAUGUCCACGGAGUGCAGCAGCAGUCAACAGCCACAGAAAGUCAGCAUCAGCAGUUAUUUCCACAGAGUUGUCCCCCCUGGUGGCUCUCCCGCCAAGUCAUCACAACCCAGCACUUCGACACCAGGUGGUGCUAGAUCACAUGUAACAACCACCACAGGCCAAGAUGAAGAGGCCACAGUCCCACCCUCCGACACACGCAAGAGAAAACUAAAAAGCAUAAUCAAACGAAGUGGACCAAAAUUGUCGAAGAAAGCUAAGAAAGUGAAGAGUGUGAAAGAAGUCAUGGCUCCUAGAAACCCUGUCCAGUGUGCUGGAGGUCAUGUAGAGGACAUAGCAAGUGAUACUGAAUUCACCAGAAUGUCAUUCUUUGGGGAUUUACCUGAACAAGAUUGUGCACCUGUUGAUAAUGAUAUUAUUACUAAACAAGAUCCAACAGGUGAAAUGAAUGAAAAAGUUGCAGAAAAUCCUACAGAACCAAAACACUGCUCAGAACCAAAGCUGUGCUCAAGAUCAGAAAGUUGCAAAAUGCUGGAUUUUUCUCCAGAAAAAUCCCAUAAAAUAUGCAAAAUGAAGUCAAUGAAUGAUAAGUGCGACAAUGUUCAGAUCAAUUCAGGUAACUAUGGUGACAGGUCCUAUGGCUCAGAGGACAUAUUUAUGGAGAACUGUGAUGAAGUUACAGAGGAUGAAGUCAACAUUAUUGAACUGAGGAAAACUGAGUCUGAACAUCUUCCAGCGAAGGAGAGGAUGGACUCGGCAAUCUGUAGGCCUGUUUGUAUUCAAACACCUCCACGGUAUGACAUAACAACUGACACAGAUGGUAGUGACUGUUGUAUAAUGCCAGAGACUUCUUUUCACAGUGAACAGGUGUCUGUUACAGAUCAGAUUCCUCAUUCAAGAUCUAAACCUGCUUUGAAAGAUACAGAGUUUAAACAAUUGAGUGUAGAUUUAAUUCAAAGAAGGCUUACUGUAGGUUCAAAUGAGACUUUACCAUCAGCAAGUUUUAUACAUGAAUUUGAUCCAAAUACUCCCAAUGUGAAGACGGGGAGAGUGCUGGAUGAAGGGCAUGGUGAUGCAACUGAUCCUAAGAGGAACAGACACGUAGAAACGGAGAGCACUGGGUCCGAUAAAACAAGUUGUGAAGACCUGCCACAGAUUUCUUUGAAGAAAAGAGAUCGAAGCUGGAGGAGGUCCUUGGCGCUGCUGAUGAAAGAGAAGGAUGCUCCCCAUUUGGUUCAAGAGGUGAUCGACUGUGAUACAAUCGACUGUGAUCUGAUCGAAGAGCUGGAAGAACUUCCCAAGCAUCCUAUGAUCCUGACAGAGGACCUGAGACAUGAACUGAGUCAAGUCAGCUCAGAGGCGGAGCUCACAGAAUCCCACAUCCAGAUGAUGGUGUUGGGCAGCGAGGGGUACCUCCGAUCCAUCUUCACUGGAAAGCAUCAGUGUCAAAGACAUGAAGACUACAAGAAAGGUGGAAAGGCUAGAUUGAACCUCAACUAUCAGGUGAACCUCGCGAUGUUCACUGAGCCUCAGCAGGAUGCUGUCAUGGAAACCCUGAUGGGGAUAUUCUGUAAACGCCAUCACAAGUACAUGGACUACAUCCUGAAGGUGCUGCUGCCGGAGAUGAUGAUUCGAAUCCUGAUGGAGGUGAAGCACAUGACCUACGAUGACACAGAGGCACUCAUGAGUGGUGCUAUCCGGUAGUCAUUUAACAUACAGCCACUCUCUUGUGAGGUCGACCUCUCAGUGAGACAGACAGUGGAGACUCAAGAGUGGCACUCAGUAGUGGUCAUCUGAUAAGGUUAAGCACUCCGUGGAAUACUGUAAAGUUUCUCUUACUGUUAGAGACUCGCUGUGAGACUGAGUUACCCUGAUCAAUUCAGGCUCAAUAAACUUACCAGAACACAUAGGGGUUUCCAGUUUUCCUUGGGGUACAUAUGUGCAUUCUCUGCUGUUGAAAAUGUCCUGCGACACUUGUAAUAAUGUCCUAACAAAAGGUUAUGCAAUUAAGAACAUUGUGGGGUUUUUUCUGUUAUAGCUCCCUCUAUCACCCAGCAUUACCUCAUAUCCGGGUAGCCAGGUUUCUUGAUCAGCCUCCUGUUUUAACUUCUGCUUCCUUUGCGCCUGCAGAAUGGUGCAGUACGGCUGCAGAACGGUGCAGUACACCCGAAUCCUAAGAUUCAGUGGGUGGCUUAUCUUCUGUCAGGUCUAACGUCCAGAAUUCCUGUAGCAGUUACAGACAAUUCUGGCAUCAAGGCGGGAUUCGAAGACCUAUCAGUACGAGGAUAGGCAGGCCUGCUUAAAUGAAACAGUUGUUUCAACUAACUUUAUGCAAAAAAAUGUUCCAAUGGCAGCAAAGUGAAAGUGAUCUAAGCCCCACAUGGAAACAAGUGUAAAUUACAACUAUAAGUGACAGUGUUAAGAAAUGAGUAACUAUUUUGUGUUUAGAACAUUGUGUGGAAUAAGGACAAUGUACACAUAGUAUCCGAGGUCUCAGACUUUCCAUGCAGAUAACAAGUGCUUGUGAACACGUGUGUCACAGCAGAAGGAAGGAUGUUUGGGGCAGGGAACCCCUCGGUACCCAAGCAGAGGAGGUGGUAGGGGAGGUAACGCCAAAUGGGGGAACAGAUUAAAAAAGAUUCUUGUAUUUGUAUAAUAAUUUUAUUAAAACAUUGUUACAACUGUCACAAGAAAUUUUCAGCAGCAGAAAAUACAUAUAUCUAACCCAAGGAAAAUCUCUUCUGAAAAAGAAUAGUUGUCAUGAAAUGUCGCCUUACUUGGCAUGAACCUUCCUAUAGAGCAUGCUGAUCAUGAAAUUACCAAUGUUUCUAUGUUCAAAUUUGGGCAUUUUGUAUUGAAGAUAUUUAAAUUUUGUUCAGCUUAUUGGAGAUAUUUGUGCACAAACUUUUCUGUAUGAUACAGUGUGUGGUAUGUAUUUAUUAUGUAAAUGAAAUAAACAACACUGUAUCUUCUAA